AUGACGUCCAAGUCGCCUGCUACUCGUACCGGUACUAUUACUCCUCCUUUCAACAGCGACGGCAGUUCAUCGUCGUCUUGUUCUUGUGAUUAUGAAGUGAUCAUUGUAGGUGCUGGAGUGGCAGGCUGUUCGGCAGCGUACCAUUUGCAGCAGUAUGUAGGAGGGAAUGAUCGUUUGUUGGUGUUGGAUGCGGGUCCAGCCGCCGGAGAAGGCGUUCGACCCCGUCAAAGUGGCAGUGCCACCAUGUCGUCCGUGGCGCCGUGUGUGAAAAUGAUGGUCCAGAUCUUUGCCGGUUCCUGUCAAGACAUGAUGCGAAAUCACGGUAAGGAAGGAGCGACGCGGUACCUCACUGCCACACGAGAGGGACUCGUCUUGCAAAAGACCUUGGCCAAGGAAAUUUGGAAGGACACGCAUUCAUUGCACAUGAAGGAACUGGGAUCUUACUAUCUGGGAUACGAACAGGAUACAGAAGAAUUGAGACGAGAAUUCAAGACACUGCUAGAGUUGGGUUGUGGUCAAGAUGACAUGGAAUGGUGCGACAAGGAACGACUGCAAACCGUAGAGGGCAUUAGUUCCAACUUUCACUGCGGCAUCUUUUUCCCCAAGGAAGCUGUCAUUGAUUCCUCACUCUACGCCAAGACUUUGCUGCAACUCACUAUCGAAAAAUCCAAUGGAAAAGCACAAUUCUGGGCAAAUUCACCAGUAGCAACCGUACAAGAAGACUCGGACGCAGUCACCGUCACGUUGCAGUCGGGAACACAAAUCCGAGCCAAGCAAGUCGUAAUGGCCACGGGCGCACUCUACCAAGACGCCAAACUCAACGGUCUCCUCAAACCAUGCUAUUCGUACCUAGUACAUGUCCCCGUCAAUACUGUAUCAACCACCACCAAUAGCAAUGAUGACUGCUGCGACAAUUCCGCCAACUUUUUCACCUGGGGGUUCUCCCAUGACUGGUGCUUUACCAAUGGAAAAGUACGCAUCUCGGGGGAAGAUCAUUUCAGUGCCUACAAACCACCCCAUCUGCAAGAACGAUGUGCACGACUCUCCCAUUGGACAUUGGAACAAUAUCAUCAUAAUGAUCCACAACAAAACGUUCACGACUUUCCACAACAAUAUGGACUCUACUCGGAAACACCCGACAUGGCGCCGCUCGUGGGACGGAUCCAACCAAACAGUCGAAUCUGCUAUCUACUUGGAUGCAAUGCCUGGGGACAAACCAUUCUAUCCUAUUGCAGUUCACUCAUUCCGGGAUUGAUGCAGUACACGCAGCUCACGGAGCAACAACAGGACUGUCUCAAACUGCUUUCCAUUCAACGAUUUUCGCAGUUGCCGGCGGCGUUGUCAUCAUAG